UUAAAUAGUUGAACCAGAGGCAUCUCCAUUCUCCACUACCCUAUUCCUCAUUCAUUACCAAAUUUCCAGAAACCAACCAACCAUGGAAACGACGUCGUUUCUUUCUUCUUCUUCUUCUUUCACUUUCUCUUCCCUCCCUUCACCUCUUUUGACUCAACAUGUCCACCGCAAGGGCCUGUUCUCAGUACCUGUAAAUCCGCAAACAUGUCGAAUUGCUGUUGUCCGGAAAAGAAUGAGCUUCCGCACAAAGGCAACACUUGGAGGAAACAUGCAGGUGACAGAAGCUCCGACUUCCGUUCCGGUGAGAGUAGCAUACGAGCUUCAUCAAGCUGGGCAUCGGUAUUUGGAUGUCAGGACACCUGAAGAGUUCAGUGCAGGGCAUGUUCCUGGGGCCAUUAACAUCCCUUACUUUUGCAGACUUGGAUCAGGAAUGGCAAAGAACCCCAGUUUUCUGGCGGAAGUAUCAGCACAUUUUGGACAAUUUGAUGAAAUUAUUGUUGGGUGCCAGCUUGGGAAACGGUCUCUAAUGGCUGCCACUGAUCUUCUAGCUGCUGGCUUUACUGCUGUCACUGACAUUGCCGGAGGGUAUGAGGUGUGGACUCAAAACGGGCUUCCGACGGUAUGACGAUGUUGCUGAUACAAUAAUGAAGUUGGAAGACAAAAACUAAAUAAGAUCAAAGUGGAGAAGAUCUCACCUAUUAAUGUAGUUGCCAGUCACAGAAUAACAAGAAACAAUGUGAAUGUAAAUGUCUAGAGAAAAUGCUCUUGUUGUUCUGUAUGGAAAUGGAAACAGAGAAAACUAACAAAUAAUGGAUGAAUGGAAUUAGUGAAAUUUGUACAUAAA